AUGUAUGCACUCACCCUAGCCGGGAUACCCAUCUCAAUCGGCGCAAACGAGGCCGUCCACCAACAACGCCUUCUCGACGAAGAAGCCGAGACAGACGAGCGACAGGAGGAAUUCUACCUGGAUGUAUUCUGCGAUGCGAAGAGCAGGAAGAAAGAUGAGGUGAAUGGUGCGAUUGUGGUCUUGAAGGACGGAAAGGUCCGUCUAUGGCCCAAGAACCCAGACACAAACCUACCGAGAGACGAUCCAAACGGCGGCGACACACCUCACCCCUUCACAGGCUUCUACCUCCCCUUCCCAAGCGAAGACCUCCCUCACAGACUCAUUCCCUCAGCCCCGAUCCUCGGGCUCGUCAGCACCGUGCCGCCCUCUCCAUCCACCACGUCUUCUUCUCCCUCUCCUUCCUCCUCGCCGACGCCGAAACCAAAGUCAAAAGCGAACCAGAAAACUAAACCAAAGCUAAAUUGGCUCUACGUCGACAAACAGACUCGCGAAGUCAAAUACGGGCCUCGCGCAGAGGCAAAGUGGCACAGGGUGGGACACUGGGACUGGACAGUCGACGACGAACAAGGUAUCACACUAGAAGGGGAAGAGUGUCUAGUUGCUGUCGAGGAGAAGAGGGGCGGGUAUGAUUGGGCUAUAUACUGGGACCGCGAGGACGAUGCGUUGAAGGGGGUGGGGAUUGGGGCGGAAAAGAGAGUGCUGAGGUGUAGUCUGGAGCGCAGACUUGUGCGGGAAAAGCCGAUACGGGGGUUAGACGAAGAGGAGGACUAG